AUGGACUCGGAAAGAGGGGCCGGGAAGGGACAUCCCGCGGGAGCUGCAAUUUGCCGCUCGCCGCGCCGCAGCCUGCGGGCAGAGGCGCCCGGCUCGCCGGCUCCCCCCGGCCAGUGGAAAAUGAGUGUCUGCCCCUCUGAACGGCCGGUAGAGCGCCUGCGGCUGCACACACACACAGACACGCACACGCCCCCGCCGGCUAUAAAUAAGUUAGGGAGCCGGGCAGAGGGCGAGCGGCGCCCAGGAGGCAGGGACCGCCCCGCCGAGCCUCCCCGGCGGCUCAGCCCGGCCCCGGGCGCCGGAGCCGCGGGUGCCAUGGCGUGCCGCUGCUGCGCGGAGGGCCGGCGGCACGGCAGCAUCCUCUACAGCAUCCUCCGCAGCGAGGAGCGGGCGCUGCCGCCCGCCGGGCCGGCGCCCCGGGGCUGCCCGUGCGGGUCGCGGCGGCGGGUGGCCCUGCGGAGCCCGCAGGUGGCUUGCAAGGCGGCCUCGGCCGUGCUGGUGAAGACGCUGCGCUUCGUGCAGAACGUGCCCUGCUUCCAGGAGCUGCCGCUGGAGGAGCAGCUGCUGCUGGUCCGCAGCUGCUGGGCGCCCUUGCUGCUGCUGGGGCUGGCGCAGGAGCGGGUGCACCUGGAGACGGUGGAGAGCGCGGAGCCCAGCAUGCUGCAGCGCAUCCUCACCGCCCGGCAGCAGGGCGAGCCGCGGCCGCCGGCACCGGCACCGGGCCGGCCGCAGCACGGCCCGCCCCUGCCCUCGCCCGCCGACAUCCAGGCUAUCAAGGGCUUCCUGGCCAAGUGCUGGAGCCUGGACAUCAGCACCAAAGAGUACGCCUACCUCAAGGGGACGGUGCUCUUCAACCCGGAUCUACCUGGACUGCAUUGUACUCAGUACAUUGAAGGGUUGCAGAGGGAAGCACAGCAAGCUCUAAAUGAACAUGUCAGACUCAUUCACAGAGGUGAUGAAGCCAGAUUUGCCAAGCUGAAUGUUGUUCUCUCCUUGUUAAGAUCUAUUAAUGCUAAUGUGGUUGCUGAAUUAUUCUUCAGGCCCAUCAUUGGAGCAGUGAACAUGGAUGACAUGCUUUUGGAAAUGCUUUGUGCAAAAUUAUAAUUAAAAUUAUAAAGGUGUGUAAAAUAAUGAAAAGAAGUUCAGUGCAAAGGAAGCUCCAGAGCAGGAUAGUGUAAAGUGUUGUAAAUAAACUAACUUAUUGUUUUUACAUAGAUAGUAUUUUUGUAUUCCAUAAUAAAAUAUUCUUCAAGUUCUGAAAGCAAUUUUUAUUAAACACAAUGGUUUUGGAAUAAGGUUAUGGUCAUCAAAAGAAGCUUUAAGGUUGUAGAGAAUGUUGAUGUCCAAAGCUGACUGGCUAUUCUUUUACCGUGCCUCUAGAAUAAAGAACAUAUUUACUACAUUGUACUUUCAA